ACGAAUUAAUUUCCUUCGAAAGCCUCUCCAAAUUUUUAUCGUCCUUGCCCGUACCAUUUUUCGCCCUUUCAGAUAGAACGUCCUUUUUGACUUGCAAAUGGAGCACCAACGACGGCCGUUUCACUUCUUUGUUGAACAACGUCGCCUGCCGUCAAACGAUGGGAUAUUGUUCGAUGGUAUGAAUAUUCCCGACGUUAUUCUCUUUUAAAACGAUGCUUUUUCGAAAAUUCAAUUCUCGAAUAUCUCCCGACGGAACAAUGAAAAGGAUAAAGAAGAAAAUAUAUAAAUAAAAGGAAAUAAAGGAAAAUAAAAGGAAAGAAAAUAAUAAUAAUAAUAAUAAUAAUAAAAAGAUAGAAAAAAGAAAAAAGAAGAAAUGAAAGAAAGAUAAGGUUUACUUGUUUCACGUCACGAGGAAAACCAACAAUGAGAAAUCCUAUGGCAUUAGGUUGAGUCAUCAGCUGUUCUUCGAUCAUAGGAAGAAUGUCAUUCGCUGAAACACGUUGUCCCUUCUUCGUGAUAUCCGCGAACUUUUGACCUCUCACCGAACCAUUCUCGAUCUCCUGCUUCAACAAAUCCCCCGUCGAAAUCAUGAAGAAACCAUAUCUCGAGGAUAGUCUUCUACCCAGGUCGCGUUUACCAAUGCUCGGUGCACCGAUCAAGAAUAUUACAGGACAGAUGGCGAUUAAUAUAUGAAAAAGAAAAGAAGAAAGAAAAAGAAAACACAUAACCAUUUGGACAUUUUCCUUUGAAUUUCAAGAUUUCUAACUUCAAAUAAAAUAUCCUUUAAUAAUAAUUAAGUAAUAGUCAAUUAAUUAAAAUGAGCGGUAGUCGAUUAUUUGACGAGCAUAUAAAAAGAUGCGUGAAGAAAGCUACAACGGAUAUUAGAAUGACAUUGCAAAAGCUUCAGAGCGAGUUGUCGAUAUGUAACAAAUACGCUUUUAAAAUGAUGAAAUCGGAUAAAGAAAAGGAAUCGAUGUUGAAGGGAUUUAUAGAAUCGGCCAAACAAAUAGGGAAAGAUGCUAGACAGGUUAUACACAUCUGUACAAGCGAGGAACAAGUGGCAUUCUUUAAGUGUUUGAAAGAUACCCUUCAGAAGAUGAAGUCACAAAGGGUAGAGGAUAUGAAGAACAGAAAGAAUCCGACAAUUUCUGAAGCCGAAAUAGAUCAGGUCAUCCAGUGUUACACCAACAGUUUCACGGUGGCCCAAAUGAGACUGUCAGAGGCGGAGGAGCGCUUUCAGGAAUGUGUUAAAGAGGCAAAGAGAUAGAUCGUCCUGCCGUUCGUUACUGCCUUCCACCUCUACUUUGCAAGUCAGACGAACGUAUAUAUAUAUAUAUAUAUGUAUGUAUGUAUGUAUG